UGGAAGCAUGAUGAGUCUGUUCAGCUCAGGGGACUUCGGAGUGGUGGAUGUGAGGGGCCGCAUCCAAUUCUCAUUGGUUUACGACACCCAGAGGGAGGAGCUGCUUGUCAAAGUGUAUCGCUGCGAGGACAUAGCUCCAGCACGCAAGAAUCGGUCUGACCCAUACGUUAAAACCUAUCUCUUGCCAGACAAGUCGAGUCACAGUAAGAAGAAAACUGCAGUGAAGAAGAAGACACUAAACCCUGUCUAUGAUCAGACACUCAGAUAUAAAGUGCGGGUUGGAGAGCUGCGCAGCCGGACGUUGAACCUGUCUGUGUGGCAUGCCGAGCCCCUGGGCCGAAACGUAUUCCUUGGGGAGGUGGAGGUGUCUCUGGGUGUCUGGGACUGGACCUGCACUCAGCCCCUGUGGCAGGACCUACACCCACGGGUUCAUUUGAAUCCAGACUCCAUCAGCAGUCGCGGGACAAUCUUGCUCUCUAUUAAGUUCAUCCCAGAUGGAUUUGAGGGUGGUGGACUGCCUCUUACAGGGGAGCUUCACAUCUGGCUUCGGGAAGCUCAAGGUCUCCUGACCAACAAAGGGGGCGCUAUAGACUCUUUUGUCAGAAGGUGUGUCCUCUCAGCAACAUGUUUCUUAAUAAUUUAUCAACAGUAAACUAUC